AAAAACUUUAACGUAGUACUGCUAUACCCUUUUUCUUCAUAAAAAUUAAGAUGGAUUUAUAAAGUAAUCAGAAGAACAAAGACCUAAGCCUCGAGAAUGAACUCCACUGCAUAGAAACACUUCUAUAAAUCUGAUUAACAGUGUAAACAUAGUAUUUGCAGUUUGUCGAGGAAAGAUUAGAAAUUAAUAUUAUUAGGAUCGACAAUGGGUUCUCAAACAGCCUGCCAGGUUCCUAUUGUGGACUUCACUGACGAGGAGUUGAAACCUGGUACAGCAAAGUGGGCUUCAGCAUGCCUAGUGAUUCGGAGUGCACUUGAGGAUCAUGGUUGUUUUUAUGCUUUGUGUGAUAAAGUUCCUAUGGACCUUUACAACUCAGUUUUUGCUCUAAUGGAAGAACUAUUUUAUCUUCCAUUGGAAACAAAAUUGCAAAAGAUGAGUGAUAAGCCCUACCAUGGCUAUUAUGGACAAUUUACUCAUCUCCCUCUAUAUGAAUCCCUAGGGAUCAAUGAUCCAUUGACCAUGGAAGGAGUUCAAAACUUCACCAAACUAAUGUGGCCAGCAGGAUAUGAUCAUUUCUGUGAGACUCUCAGUCUCUAUGCAAAGCUGUUGGUAGAAUUGGACCAUAUGGCUAAAAGAAUGGUUUUUGAUGGCUAUGGUUUGGACCAAAGGCACUGUGAUUCCCUUCUCGAAUCAACCAAUUACAUGCUCCGGAGCUUCAAAUAUAGACUACCGCAGAAGGAUGAAAACAAUUUGGGAUUGCAUGCUCACACUGACACCUCCUUCUUUACCAUUCUGCAUCAGAAUAAUGUAAAUGGUUUGCAAGUAAAAUUGAAAAAUGGAGAGUGGGUUGAUAUUGAUCUCUCACCCUUCAUGCUUCUGAUCCUUGCAGGCGAUGCAUUUAAGGUUUGGAGUAACGAUAGGAUACACUGUUGUGAACACCGAGUGAUUAUAAAAGGAAAGAAGGACAGGUACUCCAUGGGACUAUUUUCACUUGGCGGCAAGAUGGUUGAAACGCCAGAAGAGCUAGUUGAUGAAGACCAUCCAAGACGUUAUAAGCCAUUUGAUCAUUAUGAAUACCUACGUUUCUAUGCAACAAAAAAGGCCUUAGAAUCCGAGUGUCGAAUCAAAGCAUUCUGCGGCAUAGACUAUGCUAAUGAAAAGUGAAAAAUUAUAAGAGAUUUGUGUUUUGAGUUUCUGUUCCUAUAUCUACAGGCAUCUCAAAGUUGGGUAUAAAUUGUCACUUGGUUCCUUGUAUUGUAUGGUGCUUUUACUUUGAGUUCAUUAAUCCUAAUUCUUAACCAUUCCUUUUGAAUACAAAGGUGCACCUGGUGACAGCGUCAUUUUUUUUUCUUUGUCAUGGCACUUCAUGAAUCUAGAAUGUUGGUUAUUCUCAAUGAACAUUAAUAAA